AUGAAGCUUUCAACAUCAGGGCUGGGUCAGCAGGCUCAUGAAGGAGAAAAGAAAUGCUUGAAUUCAGAGCUAUGGCACGCUUGUGCUGGCCCCCUUGUCUCCCUACCUAUAGUUGGCAGUCGAGUCGUUUACUUCCCUCAAGGCCACAGCGAACAGGUUGCUGCCACUACAAAUAAAGAAAUCGAUGCUCAUAUACCCAAUUACCCAAGCUUGCCUCCCCAAUUGAUCUGUCAACUCCACAAUGUCACAAUGCAUGCGGAUGUUGAAACAGAUGAGGUUUACGCCCAAAUGACAUUACAGCCCUUGACCCCGCAAGAACAAAAGGACACAUUUCUACCUGUUGAGUUGGGCACACCAAGCAGACAGCCAACCAAUUACUUUUGCAAGACAUUAACAGCAAGUGAUACCAGUACCCAUGGAGGAUUCUCUGUUCCUCGUCGUGCAGCUGAAAAAGUCUUCCCUCCAUUGGACUUCUCUCAACAACCACCCGCCCAAGAACUCAUCGCAAGAGAUCUCCAUGAUGUUGAAUGGAAGUUCAGACAUAUUUUUCGUGGGCAACCAAAACGUCACCUUCUUACCACAGGGUGGAGUGUAUUUGUUAGUGCAAAAAGACUUGUUGCAGGGGAUUCUGUUCUUUUCAUCUGGAAUGAAAAAAAUCAACUACUUUUGGGGAUACGUAGAGCAACACGUCCACAAACUGUAAUGCCAUCAUCCGUUCUAUCAAGUGAUAGCAUGCACAUUGGGCUCCUUGCUGCUGCUGCUCAUGCAGCCGCUACAAAUAGUUGUUUCACAAUUUUUUAUAAUCCAAGGGCGAGUCCAUGUGAAUUUGUUAUUCCUCUUUCAAAAUAUGUGAAAGCUGUGUAUCAUACGCGUGUUUCUGUUGGGAUGCGUUUCCGCAUGCUUUUCGAAACUGAAGAAUCAAGUGUUCGAAGAUACAUGGGUACAAUUACUGGAAUCGGUGAUUUGGAUCCCGUUCGUUGGCAGAAUUCUCAUUGGAGAUCUGUAAAGGUUGGAUGGGAUGAAUCAACAGCAGGUGAGAGGCAGCCACGUGUCUCAUUAUGGGAAAUUGAACCACUAACUACUUUCCCGAUGUACCCAUCACUUUUUCCACUUCGCCUAAAACGCCCUUGGUAUCCCGGAGCUUCAUCUUUUCAAGAUAGUAGAGAUGAUGGGGUUAAUGGGAUGACAUGGCUGAGAGGAGAACCAGGGGAACAAGGAUUGAGCUCUCUAAACUUCCAAUCUGUUGGCAUGUUUCCAUGGAUGCAACAAAGGGUAGAUCCGUCUUUUCUUCAAAGUAAUCUGAAUCAGCAAUACCAAGCUGCAUUAGCUGCAGGUUUACAGAAUCUUGGAAGUGGAGAUGCUUUGAAACAACAAAUACUCCAAUUCCAACAACAACAACAACAGCAACAAAUCCAGUAUAGUCCUUCAGGCACUUCUAAUCCACUUUUCCAACAAUCACAACAACUAAUCCCUCAACAAUUCGUCCAUGGUCAAACCCAAAUCCAACAAGUCAACACUCAACCAGAAGAACAUCCACAACCACAACAACAACAACAACAACAACAACAACAGAGUUCGUAUCCGGAAUCUUACUUGCUUCAACACCAUGAGAGGCCACAAUCCCAUGCUUUUAUGGACCCGAAUACCAAAUUUGCCCCUCCUUCAAUGCAAAACAUGUUGGGUUCUUUAAUAACCUCUGAAGGAAGCGGGAAUCUCUUGAGUUUUUCUAGGGCGGGGCCCACUUUGACUGAGCAGCAUCAAUCGAACCAGAGCCAGAACCAGAACCAAAACCAGCAGUCUUGGGUUUCGAGGUUUGGUCAAUCACAACCCAAUUUGUCGUCAUCUUCACCUGCUCCAUCAUUGUCGUAUCAAGAGAAGAAUGUUGAAGAAGCUUCAAGUUUGGAUACACAGACACAGGGGUUAUUUGGUGGAACGAAUAUUGAUUCUUCAGUAGGGCUUUUACAGGAAACUGACAUAGCCACCAGCAGCAUGACCAUGGCAAUGGCAUCACCGGCUUCUGGUUUUCAGAAUAAUUCUUCUUACUUUGGGUACAUGCAGGACUCUUCUGAGCUGCUGCAUGCUACCACGGGAUCACAAAUUGACCCACCAAACCCUAAUCGCACGUUUGUCAAGGUAUACAAAUCAGGUUCGGUGGGGAGAUCACUGGACAUCAGCCGGUUUCACAGCUACCCAGAGCUGAAAGAGGAACUGGAACAGAUGUUCAAUGUUGAGGGGCUGCUUCAAGACCCUCAAAGAUCAGGCUGGCAGCUUGUAUUCGUUGACAGGGAGAAUGAUGUUCUUCUCCUUGGAGACGGACCCUGGGAGGCAUUUGUAAAUAGUGUGUGGUAUAUCAAGAUACUUUCUCCUGAAGACGUGUUGAAACUUGGGAAGCAAGAGUUGGAGUCCUUCACUCAAAACUCAGGAGGAGGUGGAGGUGGAGGUGGAGGUGGAGGAGAAAGAAUUGGGAAUGAUGGCCAUGGACAUGGACAUGGGCAUGGGGGGAGAGAGCUUUCUGGAUUGCCUCCUUCCAUGGGUUCGCUUGAUUUUUGA